AUGCCACACAUCAAUCUGUCGUUUGCAGCGUGUGGGUUUCUGGGCGUUUACCACUUGGGGGCAGCAUCGGCACUUUGCAAACACGGCCGAAAGCUGCUGAAGGCUGUCAAGGCCUUUGCCGGAGCUUCUGCGGGAUCCUUGGUUGCUUCAGUUCUCCUCACGGCGCCGCAGAAAAUAGAGGAAUGUAACAAGUUUACCUGUGAUUUUGCCGAAGAAAUCCGAAGGCAGUCUCUUGGGGCACUGACACCUGGCUAUGAUUUCAUGGCCCGAUUGAGGAGUGGAGUGGAGUCGAUUCUCCCCGCCAACGCGCACGAGCUGGCCCAUGACCGCCUGCACGUCUCUGUCACCAACGCCAGGACCAGGCGGAACUGCCUGGUCUCCCGCUUUCCCUCCAGGGAGGACCUCAUCCAGGUCCUGUUAGCCAGCAGCUUCGUGCCCAUCUAUGCAGGACUGAAGCCAGUGGAGUACAAAGGGCAGAAGUGGGUGGACGGAGGCUUCACCAACAGCCUGCCCGUCCUGCCCGCUGGCCGCACGGUGACCAUCUCCCCAUUCAGUGGGCGCCUGGACGUCUCCCCGCAGGAUAAAGGGCGGCUGCAUUUCUACGUUAGCAUCACCAACCAGGACGUACUGCUGUCCGUGGCAAACUUGGUAAGACUCAACCGGGCCCUCUUCCCGCCAAGCAGGAGGACAAUGGAAUCGCUCUAUCAACGGGGCUUCGAGGACGCCAGCAGGUUUUUACGUAAAGAAAGUUGGUUUGAGUAG